GGCUGGUCCCUGGCGGGUGUCCGCAUCCAGAGCUUUGGGACAAAAUGCCAAAGAAGCAGUGACCUGAGAGGAGCGGAUCCCUGUGGCUGAACUAUUCUGCACUAUGCCUGUGCAUACGGCCAUCCCAAUGUAGUUGCCCUCCUGAUAGAGUGGAAUUGUGACAUUGAUCUCCGUGACAGUGACAACAGAACAGCACUAAUUAAGGCUUCACAGUUCAAGCACGAAGACUGUGUGGCUAUGUUAUUAGAACACGGUGCUGACCCAAAUGCUAUGGACAACACUGGGAGCACCGCACUGCACUAUGCUGUUUGGCAUAACAGCACCUCAAUGACAGCCAAACUGCUGGCACACAAUGCCGACUUCAGUAUAAAAAAUGAGGAUAGCUUUACACCACUUACACUGGCUCGAAUGAAAAAUGACAACCUGGCAAAACUUUUAGAAGACCAGAAAGAAAAGAUAAAGGAACUUGAUGAAUUAGAAAGGUCUUCAAAGAAAACUUCCAAUGAAAAAGAAGAGGUCAAAGAACAAGGAAAUCCUAUGCUUGACCUUAAGGAACUAAUAUCAUGUGAGGGAAACUCAAAGGACUGUGAGCAGUACAGUUGUGACACUAUUUUGCAUUUUAUUGAAGAGCUCAUGAGGCAGAGAAAAGAUAUAAAUUCUGAGAUCCUAGUGAAAAUCUGGGGUGCAGUUUAUACAUAUAAAAGAUCAAUAGACUUUGAAAAACAUAACUGUGAACUAAUUGAAGAAGAUUGUGAACGUAUAAGUAAUGAAAUUAUUGCACUGCGAGAGGAGUGGUCUCAACUAGAGAUUGAAAAUGCUGAACUGCAAGAUGAGCUAUGCAGUUUGAGGGCCACCCUUGAAAAUUUAGAAUUAAAUGAUGCAGCAAGCCUCCAAGCAGAGGAGAAUGAAGAGCUUUCAAGAACCCCGGUUCAAGAAGAACAGUUUAAGUUGUACCUGUCACUGACACAGAGUUUGCAUGAAAUGAGAAGGAGAAAUAGGGAACUAGAAGAAGAAAUAGACAGGUAUAUGGAUCUGUGCACAAUGAUGGAGGAGGACUCAGAUGCACAUCAAAAUGGAGAGUUUUCAGGUUAUAAUGCUUCAAGUACAAGUCACUGCGAAGAGGAUACGGUACUGAAACUAAGAGAGAAGCUUGAAAGUAUGGAAACAAAACUACAACAAGAAUUAAUCCGCUGCCAAUGCAAGGAAGAUGAAAAUAAUCUUUGGGAGCAGAAAAUAGCAGAAAGGAAAGCAGCCCGGGAGAACCGUGAAGCGGAAGAGGGUAGAAUAAAGCAGCUUGAAGAGAAAAUACUCAGCCUCAAAGCCGAUAUGGACAAGAACAUGGUAGAGCGAAGUGAGGUAGAAAAUCAUAAGAAAGCCAUUGAAGAGCAAGCUAGGAGUCAACUCAUGGAAAAAAUAAACCAAGAGAACCAAGUCUUACGGGUGUACACAUCACAGUUUUCAGACAUAUCAGAAGAGAGCAUCAGAUCUCCAUUUCAGGUGGUGGUGAGCUAGUCCCUGGUUUCUGGCAACUGAACUCAGGACCUCUGGAAGAAGAGUGAGUGCUCCUAACUGGUGACUCAUCUCUCCAGCACUCUUCUUCAUGUUAGACAAGGAACUUUGUUGACUAAUUCAGAAUGUUGUGUGGAGGUGAGAGGAUGAUAUUGUCUCCAGGUAUCCUAUCUACAGCUUACCUCACUCAAUUCAGCACAGGGUUGGGGACAAGCAAAUCAGGAAGACAUGGGUUCACAAGUGUAGCCACACCCAAUACUUGUCUCACAGCAGAGAGAGUUUGCAAGGGGAGGAAAAGGAAGACCUCCAGUUACCUUGCAGAGAGAGAUA